UGAGCAUUCGGAACUUUUCAUGAUGGCGGAAAAUUUUCAUUUUGAUCCAGAUAAGAAUUAUGAUGAAGCAACUCUAGCACAACAGUCUGAAAUUGAAAAGGAGAUUGCUAGGACCCAAGCCUUGAUCAGCAACAGAAUUAGUUUUGAUGAAUUCAGUGCUGAAUAUUCAGAGGAAGAUCAAAUCUACCUUCACAAAGUACAGGAUUUGAAAAAUCGUUUCUCAUGUGUGCGCAAAGUAAGAGGUGAUGGUAACUGUUUCUACCGAGCAUUUGGAUUCCGAUAUUUUGAAACAUUAGUAGAAGACAAAUCAGAUUAUAGCAGAUUUAAAGAAGUAGCUCAAAAGACAAGAGAUAGCUUAGUUCAAUUAGGAUUUCCAGAAUUUACUAUAGAUGAUUUUCAUGAAAAUUUCAUGGAUGUCGUGAACAAAUUGGAGAUGUGUACAGUAGAAGACUUACUACAAACCUUUAAUGACCAGGGGCUGUCAGAUUAUCUGGUGGUAUUCCUCAGGUUGGUUGUUUCUGGUCAUUUGCAAAAGGAAGCUGAUUUUUUCAGUAAUUUCAUCGAAGGAGAAAGAGGAAUUAAAGAGUUCUGCAAUCAGGAGGUUGAGCCGAUGGGUAAAGAAAGUGACCACAUACAGAUAAUAGCCCUGACAUCAGCCCUGGGGGUGCCAGUGAGGGUGGAGUACAUGGAUCGUGGGGAAGGAGACCAGUGUAAUCAUCAUAAUUUUCCGGAAGAUUCUAAGCCAGUGGUUACCCUGCUAUACAGACCAGGACAUUAUGACAUCCUGUACACCUAACAGUGGUGUGUGUGACAGACUUCCAAGUGUUUACAUUUUAUGUCAUUUCUUUUCUGUGAGACACUGAGAAUUUUUCUGUUUAUGGAGUAUAGAUGUGUUUACGUGAGAUAACUUAGAUGUAUUGUAUGGAGAGGAAUUAUGCAAUGUCUUAAAGGGUUGCAUUUGUGAACUUUUCUUACGGCAAAGAAUCUGUCAAGCUUCGUUUAAAAGUCAAUAAUAAUAAAAACAUGAAAAAAAAACCCUUCCC